AUAGUAGGACUUCAUUGCCAUAAGCUGAGAACUAGUUGUAGAGGUGCAGAUUUUAUAUCAUUCUAGUUGCUGCUGCUCUUUGUUUUAUAAUUUGCUGAGACUUAUCUGUGGUACAUUCUGAAUUUGUUUCUUUGAAAACAUCGUUAAGUAGCUAAUCAGUCUCUUGCAAAUUGUGGGUUUUUGACUUCAAACUUAUUUUCUGAAGAUUUUUGGCAUUUGGACCGGAGCAGCAUCCAAUUGUGCUUCAGAUUGGAGGAAGUAAUUUGGAAAACAUUGGAAAGGCAACUCAACUUGCAAAUUCCUAUGGAUAUGAUGAAAUCAAUUUCAAUUGUGGAUGUCCCAGUCCAAGAGUAGCUGGACAUGGCUGUUUUGGUGUACGCCUCAUGCUAGAUCCCAAGUUUGUUGCUCAAGCCAUGUCAGUAAUCGCUGCAAAUACAGAUGUUCCCGUGAGUGUCAAGUGCCGAAUAGGUGUUGAUGACCAUGACUCAUACAACGAGCUUUGCGAUUUUAUAUACAAGGUUUCUUCACAAUCACCAACCAGGCAUUUCAUUAUACACUCCCGAAAAGCAUUGCUGAAUGGACUUAGCCCUGCUGAAAAUAGAAAAAUUCCUCCAUUGAAAUAUGAGUACUACUAUGCUCUGUUGCGUGAUUUUCCUGAUCUACGAUUUACUAUUAAUGGAGGGAUAAACACGGUUGGCGAGGUGAAUGCAGCAAUAGCAGAAGGUGCUCAUGGCGUAAUGCUUGGUCGUGCAGCCUAUAACAAUCCAUGGCAAACUUUGGGUAAUGUAGACAGUGCAGUAUAUGGUGAACCGCACAGUAGUUUAACCAGGCGUCAGGUCCUUGAGAAGUAUCAGGUGUAUGGUGAUUCUGUGCUUGGAAAAUACGACAAUAGACCCUCGCUUCGUGAUGUUGUUAAGCCUUUGCUUGGUCUAUUUCAUUCUGAGCCCAGAAGUGCCCUUUGGAAACGCAAAGUUGAUUCUGCAUUUCAAUACUGCAAGACAGUUAAAGAGCUUUUGGAAGAAACACUAGUAGAAAUUCCAGAUUACGUCUUGGAUUCACCUGUUCGGGAGGUACCAGUUGGUUGCCUUGAUACUUUUGCGAACUCGAAGAAAUUGUUGCCUCCUCAAUACUCAAGAUGGGAAGAAGACAUAGUCAUGGUAUUGACAUUCCCUUUAGAAAGCGAACCAGGAAGCUAUUCAUCUAAUAAACCUGAUGUUGAAGGUGAAGCUUUAAUGGAGUUCUUAACAGCUCUGAAUGAUUCCAAUCACAGACUUAACUGGAAUUAUUAUUUUGUGAGCCCUUGUUUCAGUUGGUCUAAUGUUACAUGCAUAAAUGGAAAUGUCGUAUCCUUGAACCUAGCUUCUAAUGGAUUUUCUGGAACUCUUUCUCCAGCGAUUACCAAAUUAAAGUUUCUGGUUAACUUGGAUUUGCAUGACAAUGAUCUAUCUGGUGACCUGCCUGAUUAUCUUGGCAGCAUGCUGCACUUACAGAAUCUUAAUCUUGCCAAAAACAAAUUUACUGGUCCAAUACCAACUACCUGGGGCCAACUUACAAACCUGAAACACUUGGUAGUGAAGGAGAACAACUUAAGCGGAUCUAUUCCUGAUUCACUUGCUGGUAUCUCUAGCUUGAUGCAACUGGAUCUUUCCUCUAAUGAUCUAAGUGGAAAGGUUCCAGUACAACUGUUUUCACUACCAAUGUUCAAUUUCUCAGACACACACCUUACAUGCGGAGAAGCAUUCCAGCAACCUUGCGUUUCAAGUUCCUUGGUUGCAGUUUCCAGCAAAAAGAGGAGAGUUGAGGUUAUUAUAACUGGUGUCGCUUGUGGUACAUUUGUUCUUCUGGUGGUUGGCGCCGCUCUUCUUCACUGGUAUCAUAAAGUACGGAAUCCAAAACGUGAAGUAUUUGUUGAUGUGGAAGGUGAAGAUGACAGCAAAAUUUCAUUUGGACAGCUGCAGAGAUUCUCUUGGCGUGAGAUCCAGAUGGCAACCGAAAACUUCAAUGAGGCCAACGUUAUUGGACAAGGAGGAUUUGGAAAAGUUUAUAAGGGGUUUCUACCAGAUAACACAAAAGUUGCUGUGAAACGUCUCAGUGAUUAUCACAAUCCUGGUGGAGAGGCUGCAUUUCUCAGGGAGGUUCAAUUAAUAAGUGUUGCAGUUCACAAGAAUCUGCUUCGAUUGAUUGGAUUCUGUACCACCUCAUCGGAGAGAAUUCUUGUUUAUCCGUUCAUGCAAAACCUCAGCGUUGCUUAUCGGUUAAGAGAACUGAAACCUGGAGAGAAAGGUUUGGACUGGCCUACUCGAAAGCGGAUAGCUUUUGGUACUGCUCAUGGCUUGGAGUACUUGCACGAACAUUGCAAUCCAAAAAUCAUUCAUCGCGAUUUAAAGGCUGCAAAUAUCCUUCUUGAUGAUGACUUUGAGGCUGUUCUUGGAGAUUUUGGGCUAGCAAAGUUAGUGGAUAACCGACUGACUCAUAUUACGACUCAGGUUCGUGGAACCAUGGGACACAUCGCCCCUGAAUAUUUGUCAACUGGAAAGUCAUCAGAGAAGACAGAUGUGUUUGGAUAUGGGAUUACUCUUCUGGAACUUGUAUCUGGUCAACGCGCCAUAGAUUUCUCUCGGCUCGAGGAAGAGGAGGAUGUUCUACUGCUUGAUCAUACCAAAAAGUUGCUGAGAGAGAAACGGAUAGAGGACAUUGUGGAUCGGAACUUGAAUAGUUAUAAUGCUAAAGAAGUAGAGACAAUCCUCCAGGUGGCAUUGCUUUGCACUCAGGGUUCUCCCGAAGAUCGUCCAAGAAUGGCAGAAGUCGUGAACAUGCUGCAGGGUGUCGGGUUAACUGAAAGAUGGUCAGAAUGGGAGAAGCUUGAAGAAGUGAGAAAUCAGGAAUUCUCCCUCGUGUCCCACUCCCACCAGUUUCUUUGGGCUGAUGAAUCCACCCAAGACCAAGAAGCUAUUCAGCUGUCCCAAGCAAGAUAA